AUGGGAGAUACUGACCCAACUAUCACUGAAGAAGUGGUGCUUCAGGCAUAUGUCCUCAGCGAGGAUACGCCCAGAGAGCCGCUGGAAAAUGAGGGUGGAACGAUUUGUAACCCAUUUUUGAUCAGGAACAUGGGGUGUGCAAAGUGGCUCAAGAUACCACAAAGUCGACUGAUUGAGGAGGAUGACCCAAAGUAUAAGACCAACAUUCUCGGAAUUCGAAAUUCUGGAGAGUUGUCUGGCCUUAUCAACCACGGGCGAACGUGUUAUGCCAACUCCACUCUCCAGUCAUGGUUUCACAACCCGAUCUUUCGACGGGCAAUUUUGUCCAUAGCAGCUGAAACUGAGAACCCGGGCAAGAAAGUUAUCCUGGCCUUGCAGAAGAUGUUUGCUCGUCUUAAAUUCUCCAUUUUCAAAGCCAUCGAUCCCGCAGAACUGUACGCAACACUGGAUAUGAAUCAGACCGAUGAGCAUGACGCACAGGAAUUUGCACUCAAACUCACCGACUUUUUGAGUGAGAGUGACGCCACUCUGAGGACCAUUUUCGACACCAAUCUCAACGGUUCCCUCCAGUACGAGCGGAAAUGCUUGAGCUGUCAGGAGACUGCCGUAGUUAAGGAGAACUACUCCAUCAUCCGUCUCAACCCUUGCGACAGUCUGCAGCAAGCCUUGGGGGAAAAGCUGGAGGAGGAAAAGUUGGAGUAUCGUUGCGAAAGUUGUGAGUUGGGGGUGGAGGCGAGUCGCACACUGCAGUUUCUCACCUUCCCACCCGUCCUCCAGUUUGAGGUCAACCGCUAUCGGUACUGUCCCACGGCCCAGAGAAACAUAAAGAUCCAGAGCUCCUUCAACUUCCCCGACGUGAUUGACUUUACGCCAUACCUGGAACUCAAGGAGGGAGACUCGACAGAGAAUAACAAAUACACUGCAUUCGCUGCCUUAGUCCACACUGGGUCAAGAGCUGACUGCGGUCACUUUGUCAUGCAAGUUUGA